UCCAUCGUAGGCGGGAGCAGCAGCAGCGGUCAAAUCUGCUCUGGUUAGGAGGGGCCCCAGUGUAGAGGUAGCAGCAGCAGCAGCACUGUGGCUGUGGUGCAGACCGGAGCCCCGAUACAUGCCUGCAUCUCAUCCAGUCGUGUGGAGCCGCUAGUUGCGCACAGAGACGCGUCAGGGGGACACAUCGGACUGCAGCUCGGUGAACAGGAUCUAACUGCUGCUUCGCGGACGAACACCAGGUGGCCAGUUGCUCUGGUAAACCCCAGAUAAGAUGUCUCAUCGGAGUGGUCAAGAGGACCCAGAACGGUACCUGUUUGUGGACCGGGCUGUGGUGUACAACCCCGCCACACAGGCUGACUGGACAGCCAAGAAGCUGGUGUGGAUACCCUCAGAGCGCCAUGGUUUUGAGGCGGCCAGUAUCCGGGAGGAGCGUGGCGAGGAGGUGCUGGUGGAGCUGGCCGAGAACGGGAAGAAGAUGGUGAUCAACAAGGAUGACAUCCAGAAGAUGAACCCACCCAAGUUUAGCAAGGUGGAAGACAUGGCCGAGCUCACCUGCCUGAAUGAGGCGUCUGUGCUGCACAACCUGAAGGACCGCUACUAUUCAGGACUCAUAUAUACAUACUCUGGCCUGUUCUGUGUGGUCAUCAACCCCUACAAGAACCUGCCCAUCUAUUCAGAGAACAUCAUUGAGAUGUAUAGAGGGAAGAAGAGGCACGAGAUGCCUCCACACAUCUAUGCCAUCUCUGAGUCGGCAUACCGCUGCAUGCUUCAAGAUCGUGAGGACCAAUCAAUCCUUUGCACAGGUGAAUCAGGAGCUGGCAAGACUGAGAACACGAAGAAGGUCAUCCAGUACCUGGCCCACGUUGCCUCCUCACACAAAGGACGCAAAGACCACAACAUUCCUCCCGAAUCUCCCAAAGCAUUCAAGCUCCAGGGUGAGUUGGAACGCCAGCUCCUGCAAGCCAACCCCAUCCUCGAAUCUUUUGGCAAUGCCAAGACAGUGAAAAAUGACAACUCAUCUCGCUUUGGGAAGUUCAUCAGAAUAAACUUUGACGUCACGGGCUACAUCGUCGGGGCCAACAUUGAAACUUAUCUUCUGGAGAAGUCGAGGGCCAUCAGACAGGCCAAAGAUGAGAGGACCUUCCACAUUUUCUACCGCCUGCUGGCAGGGGCCGGAGAGCAUCUCCGAACCGACCUGCUCCUCGAAGGUUUUAACAACUACCGUUUCCUGUCAAAUGGCAACAUUCCCAUCCCUGGUCAGCAGGACAAGGAAAACUUCCAGGAGACUCUGGAUGCCAUGCACAUCAUGAGCUUCUCCCAUGACGAGAUUGUCUGCAUGUUGAAGGUGGUCUCUGCAGUGCUGCAGUUUGGCAACAUUGUCUUUAAGAAAGAGAGGAACACUGAUCAGGCCUCCAUGCCCGAGAACACAGUGGCGCAGAAGCUCUGCCACCUGCUUGGGAUGAAUGUGAUGGAGUUCACCAGAGCUAUCCUCACCCCGCGGAUCAAAGUGGGACGUGACUACGUACAGAAGGCACAGACCAAAGAACAGGCUGACUUUGCUGUUGAAGCCCUGGCUAAGGCAACAUAUGAGCGUCUGUUCCGCUGGCUGGUCCACCGCAUCAACAAGGCCCUGGACAGGACCAAACGUCAGGGGGCGUCUUUCAUCGGCAUCCUGGAUAUCGCUGGCUUUGAAAUCUUUGAGUUGAACUCAUUUGAGCAGCUUUGUAUCAACUACACCAAUGAGAAGCUGCAGCAGCUCUUCAACCACACCAUGUUCAUCUUGGAGCAGGAGGAGUACCAGAGGGAGGGCAUUGAGUGGAGCUUCAUCGACUUCGGCCUGGACCUGCAGCCGUGCAUCGACCUCAUUGAGAGGCCGAAUAACCCUCCUGGUAUCCUCGCUCUGCUGGAUGAGGAGUGCUGGUUUCCCAAGGCCACCGACAAGACCUUCAUAGACAAGGUCCUCCAGGAGCAAGGCACACACACCAAGUUUCAGAAGCCGCGUCAGCUCAAGGACAAAGCUGACUUCUGCAUUAUUCACUACGCAGGGAGGGUGGACUAUAAAGCUGAUGAAUGGCUCAUGAAGAACAUGGAUCCCCUAAAUGACAACGUGGCAACGCUGCUGCACCAGUCAACUGACAAGUUUGUGGCUGAGCUCUGGAAAGAUGACAUUCAGACGUUUCAGAGAGCCUCUUUCUAUGACAAUGUGUCUGGGCUCCAUGAAGCUCCAGUUGACAGAAUCGUGGGUCUGGACCAGGUUGCGGGCAUGAACGAGACGGCGUUUGGUGCCGCCUACAAGACCAAGAAGGGCAUGUUCCGCACCGUGGGUCAGCUGUACAAGGAGCAGUUAUCGAAGCUGAUGGCCACACUGAGGAACACCAAUCCCAACUUUGUCCGCUGCAUCAUCCCAAACCACGAGAAAAGGGCUGGUAAACUGGACCCCCACCUGGUUCUGGACCAGCUGAGGUGUAACGGUGUGCUGGAGGGGAUUCGUAUCUGCAGACAGGGCUUCCCCAACCGCAUCGUCUUCCAGGAGUUCAGACAGAGGUAUGAGAUCCUCACCCCGAACGCCAUUCCCAAAGGCUUCAUGGAUGGCAAACAGGCCUGUGAGAGGAUGAUUAAAGCCCUGGAGCUGGACGGCAACCUGUUCCGUAUUGGCCAGAGUAAGAUCUUCUUCAGGGCUGGAGUCCUGGCCCACCUGGAGGAAGAGAGGGAUCUGAAGAUCACUGACAUCAUCAUUUACUUCCAGGCCGUGUGUCGGGGAUAUCUGGCACGCAAGGCCUUUGCUAAGAAGCAGCAGCAGCUCAGCGCUCUGAAGGUUCUCCAGAGGAACUGCGCAGCCUACCUGAAGCUGCGUCACUGGCAGUGGUGGAGACUCUUCACCAAGGUGAAGCCUCUGCUGCAGGUGACCCGGCAGGAGGAGGAGAUGCAGGCUAAAGAUGAGGAGCUGGUCAAGGUGAAGGAGAAGCAGACCAAGGUGGAGGGAGAGCUGGUGGAGAUGGAGAGGAAAUACCAGCAGUUAACAGAGGAGAAGAACAUCCUGGCAGAGCAGCUGCAGGCGGAGACAGAGCUGUUUGCAGAGGCUGAGGAGAUGAGAGCUCGCCUGGCCUCCAAAAAGCAAGAGCUGGAGGAGAUCCUUCAUGACCUGGAGUCCCGGCUGGAGGAGGAAGAAGAGAGGACCCAGGGCAUGCAGAACGAGAAGAAGAAGAUGCAGUCCCAUAUCCAGGAUCUGGAGGAACAGUUGGAUGAGGAGGAGGCUGCCAGACAGAAGCUGCAGCUGGAGAAAGUGACGGCUGAGGCCAAAAUGAAGAAAUUUGAAGAGGACAUUUUGCUACUAGAAGACCAGAACUCCAAGUUCCUCAAGGAAAAGAAGCUGUUGGACGACAGAAUCAGUGAGAUGACCUCGAUGCUAGCCGAAGAGGAAGAAAAAGCCAAGAACUUGGGAAAGGUCAAGAACAAGCAGGAGAUGAUGAUGGUCGACCUGGAGGAGAGACUGAAGAAGGAGGAGAAGACCCGUCAGGAGCUGGAGAAGGCUAAGAGGAAGCUGGACGGGGAGACGUCCGACUUGCAGGACCAGAUAGCCGAGCUGCAGGUGCAGACAGAGGAGCUGAAAAUUCAGCUGGGCAAGAAGGAAGAUGAGCAGCAGAUGAUGCAGGCGAGGGGCGAGGACGAGAUUGGCCAGAAGAACAACGCUCUGAAACAGGUGAGGGAGCUGCAGGCCCAGCUGUCUGAGCUGCAGGAGGACCUCGAGUCGGAGAAAGUGGCCAGAAACAAGGCUGAGAAACUCAAGAGGGACUUGAGUGAAGAGCUUGAGGCCCUUAAGACUGAACUGGAGGACACCCUUGAUACAACCGCUGCCCAGCAGGAACUUCGGACCAAGCGAGAACAGGAGGUUGCAGAGCUGAAGAAGACCAUCGAUGAGGAGACUAAAAACCAUGAAUCUCAGAUCCAGGAGAUGCGACAGAGGCAUGCCACCGCCUUGGAGGAGCUGUCUGAACAGCUGGAGCAGGCCAAGAGGUUCAAGGCCAACCUGGAAAAGACCAAGCAGAGCCAGGAGAGUGCCAACAAGGAGCUGGCCUGCGAGGUCAAGGGCCUGCAACAGGCAAAGGCGGAGUCUGAACACAAGAGGAAGAAGCUGGAGGGUCAGCUGCAGGAGUUCAUGGCCAGGGUCACUGAGGGAGAGAGGGCCAAGGGGGAACUGUUGGAACGUGCACACAAACUACAGACUGAGUUGGACAAUGUGUCCACCUUGCUGGAGGAUGCAGAGAGGAAAGUUAUCAAGACGACCAAAGACGUCUCUGGAUUAGAAAGUCAGCUACAAGACACACAGGAGCUGCUCCAGGAGGAGACUCGUCAGAAGCUGAACCUCAGCAGUCGUAUACGCCAGCUGGAGGAGGAGAAGAGCGCUCUGCAGGAGCAGCAGGAGGAAGAUGAGGAGGCGCGCAAGAACCUGGAGAAGCAGAUGUUGACUCUACAGGCUCAGCUGUCCGAGAGCAAGAAGAAGCUGGAGGAUGACGUUGGAACAAUAGAGGGACUGGAGGAGAUGAAGAAGAAGCUGCAGAAGGACCUGGAGCUGGCCAGCCAGCGUCUGGAAGAGAAGACCAUCGGUUUUGAGAAGAUGGAGAAGACAAAGACCCGUCUGCAGCAGGAGCUGGAUGAUCUGACUGUAGACCUGGAUCACCAGAGACAGAUCGUCUCCAACCUGGAGAAGAAGCAGAAGAAAUUUGACCAGAUGCUGGCUGAAGAGAAGAGCAUAUCAGCCCGUUACGCUGAAGAGCGUGACCGCGCUGAAGCUGAGGCCAGGGAGAAGGAGACCAAAGCUCUGUCUAUGGCCAGAGCUCUGGACGAGGCGCUGGAGGCCAAAGAGGAGCUGGAGAGGGUUAACAAGCAGCUUCGUGCCGAAAUGGAAGAUCUGAUGAGCUCCAAGGACGACGUGGGCAAGAACGUCCACGAGCUAGAGAAGUCCAAGCGUACUCUGGAGCAGCAGCUGGAGGAGAUGAAGACUCAGCUGGAGGAGCUGGAGGACGAGCUGCAGGCCACAGAGGACGCCAAGCUGCGUCUGGAGGUCAACAUGCAGGCCAUGAAAGCCCAGUAUGAGAGAGACCUCCAGGGCCGGGACGACCAGAACGACGAGAAGAAGAGAGCGUUAGUCAAGCAGGUGCGAGAGAUGGAGGCAGAGCUGGAGGACGAGAGGAAGCAGAGAGGUUUGGCUGUAGCUGCUAAAAAGAAGCUGGAGAUGGAUCUGAAGGAUAUAGAGGGUCACAUAGAGGGAGCCAACAAGGCUCGAGAUGAAGCCAUCAAACAGCUGCGCAAGUUACAGGCCCAAAUGAAGGACUACCAGCGAGAGUUAGAAGACGCCCGUGCUUCUAGAGAUGAUAUUUUCGCCAUAUCCAAGGAAAAUGAGAAGAAACUGAAGAGUCUGGAGGCUGAGAUUGUACAGCUGCAUGAGGACCUGGCAGCAUCUGAGAGGGGCCGACGCCACGCAGAGCAGGAACGAGAUGAGCUGCAAGAUGAAAUCUCAAACAGCACCUCUGGAAAGUCUGCUCUGAUGGAUGAGAAGAGGAGGCUGGAGGCUCGCAUCGCUCAGCUGGAGGAGGAGCUGGAAGAGGAGCAGGGCAACAUGGAGCUGCUCAACGACCGCUUCAGAAAGACAACCAUGCAGGUGGACACCCUGACCACAGAGCUGAGUGCAGAGCGCAGCACGGGACAGAAGAGCGAAAACGCUCGGCAGCAACUGGAGCGUCAAAACAAGGAGCUGCGGGCCAAGCUGGGAGAGCUGGAGGGUUCUGUGAAGAACAGGUUCAAGGCCUCCAUCACCGCCCUGGAGGCCAAGAUAGCACAGCUGGAGGAACAGCUGGAGCAGGAGGCCAAGGAGCGAGCAGCCGCCAACAAGACCGUGAGAAGGACCGAGAAGAAGCUGAAAGAAAUCUGCAUGCAAGUGGAGGAUGAGCGUCGCCACGCCGACCAGUUUAAAGAACAAGUGGAAAAGGCUAGCUCUCGUAUGAAGCAGCUGAAGCGUCAGCUGGAGGAGGCUGAGGAAGAAGCCACGAGGGCCAACGCCUCACGCAGGAAACUGCAGAGAGAGCUAGAUGACGCCACCGAGGCCAGCGAGGGCCUGAGCCGCGAGGUUCACACACUCAAGAACCGCCUCAGGCGCGGUGGCCCCAUCAGCUUCUCCUCCACUCGCCCAGGCAGACGUCCUCUUCAGGUUGAGGGAACUUCCUUGGACCUCCUGUCCGACGACGAGCUGGAAAACAAGAUCACCGACAACAAUGCCAAUGAGACGCCGGCGCCGCAGCCGGAGUAGAGGAGGGAAAGCCUUAACUUUUGCUCCCCCAUCAGCGAAUCAUCUCUCAGCCCCAACACAGAUACUUCCUCCCAGCUUGAAUAGGGACCCUCGUCCUGCCCCUCUGGUCCAUGUCUGUAAAGAUCUGAUCUCUCCAAACACAAGCAGCAUGAUCUCAGCAACAGAAUCCCCAUAUUCCUAAACCGUAGCAGACACCAGCAGUUGGACCCCCAACGCUCUCUUUACCAACCCCACUUAAAGUUUUAAAGAAGCACUACUCUGCCUUACCCCUCCUCAAGCUGCAGGGCUGCAUAACGCCAUAGCAACUUCCAUAAUGCGUCGAGUACUUCAGUAACCUGAAUGGGAGCUGAGCUGCAUCACAGAUAGAAGUGCUUUACUUCAAUAAUGCACAAAAACAGAUGCACAUGUGCAGACAUCGUCGACUAAAAAACCCGCACACAUUACAGACACAUGAACCCCCUGAUUGAGCUCAUGAGGUGAUGAUAAUUAUCCUCUGCUGGACCGGUCGACUGUAUCAUAAAGAUGGACGAUGUGACAGCUCCCCAAAAGUGGAGUAACUAACUAAUUUUUCCCCAAAUGUGGUGUCUGUCAUUUUGGGCAGUUCUUAUCACGCUGAUGUUUGUUCUUUUGUUUUUCUGAUUUUGGUAUUAAGUAGCUAUUUGCAGCCCGUUAUCAUUCUCCACUCGUCAAAGGCCGCCGCUUUGUCAGUGAUUUUAGUGUCAGGUACUGACACACAAAGGCUCCUUUCAUGGUGAUAUGAUACACUGUCGGGCAGCAACAGCUUGUAACGGCACCGACAGCAACUUUAUAAAAAGAACUGAUAAAGUCCCUGUAUGUCAGGCGGGAGGGGAGGUGGAUGGGCCCAACAAUCCCCGGACAUUGAGGGGAAAUAGGGAGUGCAGCACUGGGUUAAGGCUCUGUGUAGUUAGCUGUAAAAUAUCAGGUGCACUUCAGGAUGAGGCAGAGUCACUUAAAGAUAAAAAACAAUGACUGCCCAGCUCACUCAGUGUAAAAGCCGUGUAGGCAGGCAGUCCAAAAAUGUAACCGAGGCAAUCUGACUGUAGUUGAAAAUCCUUUAAUAAUACACAGACAACUAACACAGGGUUUAAAAUGCACUGGACACAGGUGUGCAAUUUAAAAGCUCAUGUGAGCAGGAAGGUUUGUUGCCGAGUUUAUUUUGUAAUAUAGGUUGAGAAUGAAACCAGGCGGGGAAAGACGGGGUUAUCAUGUCCUGACGCUGAGUGACGGACCUGUCAGUCUACGUGUCAUUCUCCUCUGCAAACUCUGAUUUAAUACUUUUUCGCUAUGUCUGGUGAAACUCGUGUGGUUUUAUUUCUCAUAUCAAUGGUAACCAUGGCAACAGGAACAAUCCCUUUUUGUUCUGGUCACAUGUUCAACACACAGUUGCUGAAGACAAAAAUGUAGCUCAGACUGGUUGUUAGUCGUUACAGACACAGACAGUGCAACAGGUACCAGAAUGCAAAGUUAAUAUUAGCUAAAUAUUUGUUAAAAGUGUUAAAAGUCCACAGACAAAGCGGCGAUAUUUGACAAGUUGGGAUGCGAACAUGUUAUUUGCUACUAUUAAAAGGGGGGGUUUAAGCUGUGUGUGCCAAUCGUUGUGCUUGUGAUUAAUGGCGCUGCUCGCGAUUGGUCGGACGGCGGGAACUCGGUACGGCGGAGAUCACUACUGCACAGACUUCAGCUCCAAAUGACGUCACAAGCACAAGAUGGCAGCAGCUGUAUCCGGGAUAUUUUGGCUUCAUUUUUGCACCGUGGGAGGAAGUGAAGACGUGUCGUCCAUCUUUAUAUACAGUCUUUGGUUGGACCAGUAUUCAGCUGUUUAAAAUGCUUCCAGAUGCUAAAAUAACAGCGUCGCUAUAUUGGGAAGGAACAGAUCAGGAUGAAAGCAAACUUUAUUUUUGCAUCAAUCUACAGUAUAUACAGUAUGUCCAUCAUAUGAAUCAGUUUAGUUAUGUUAGUCAAACUGUAACUGAAUAGUAUUUUUCCAGUCCUAUGCUAGGAUUGUUUGCUUGCAUAUGAAUAUAGAAAUGUGACUGUAAGCUGCCUUGUCGCCUCAGUGCUACAAAACGUUGCUCUUUUUUGACGGUUUUGUUUUCUCAUGAUGAUGUUUGACAGUAGGUCAGUGCUGACUUGUAAUUAUUUUUGGUGUGAGUGCUGAAAGCAGCAGCAAUCACACUCAUACUCUUUUGCUUUCUUCUUCUUCUUCUUCUUCUGUGCCUUUUUUCGCUCUCUCAAAACUCAAAACCCAUUUAUGCCACAUAUACUGUUCAUAUAUUGAACCAUGCCGAAGGUAUUUUCAUAAAAUAUUCAUAAAUUUGCAUAUGUAAUGAGACAAUAGUGGGAAACUGAUUUUUCUUUGAUUUGUAUGUCCUGCUACAGCUUGUAUGUUACCACAACGAUUGAUAUGUCGAACCGUGCGGGAUUCUUUGUAGAUGGGUGCUAUGACUUUUCUUAUUGAUAACUUUUAUACUUUUUGAGUUAUUAAGAUUUAAAAACAAUCCAAUAGACAUCAACUGUAUUUAUAUCUGCUAUUGUAUACAGUGCAAACUCCAUUCAUAUUUCAAAAUGCUCAGUAUUGCACAUCGAUCAACUGUACCUAUGCUCAUUAUCAUGACAUGUACAGUUUAUGAAUUAUUAGGAGCUAUAUGAUACAUUAAAGUCUAUGGAGCCCAACUCA